AUGUCGGCGAAAUUUAUCACAGGUGGGUUUUGGGCCCAUUUAGCAUUAUCAAUCGCACACGUUUUUGGUCCUUUUGCUCAUGGAUCGUCCUCCCCACUGUGGCCGAGACCAACGGAUAGGACCGUUCGGUCCCCGGAUGGACCCGGUGAUGUGGGCGUUCUGCGCGAUCGGGAUGCCGAGAAGAUCUUGCCCUAUGAAGAUAACGACUCGCCUUUCCCCGAAGUUCGCGCGGUCAUUCAGCCGGUGAACGAUCUGACCUUACCUGUUAGCACGAUACGCAUGUGGACCAUCGGUAUCGUCUUCACCAUUGUCGGGAGUGGUCUCAAUCAAUUCUUCAGUCUGAGGCAACCCAGUGUGACGAUCAAUGCAUUGGUUGCUCAGUUAUUAGCGUUCCCUGUGGGAUGCGCUUGGGCGAAAUGGGUUCCUCUCGGGCUCAUGAACCCUGAUCGGCACUUCAAUAUCAAAGAACAUGCCUUGGUUACUAUCAUGGCGAAUGUCUCGAUUGGCUCCGCGGCAGCUACCCAGGUCAUCGAGGCGCUAGUCAAGUUUUAUAAUAUACCAUCUGAUGGUGGAUUCGAGGUAUUAUUGUGCAUCACCACGCAAAUGUUCGGCUUUGGGCUGGCCGGCAUGACAUCCCGUUGGCUGGUAGGCCCAGCAUCAAUGCUGUGGCCCCAAGUGCUGUCAAAUGCAGCUCUUUUGACCACCCUCCACUCUCGGUCCAACGCUAUAGCCGACGGGUGGCGGAUCACACGGCUUCGCUUUUUUCUCUAUGUAUUCCUUAUCGGCACUGCAUGGUACUUUGCCCCGGGAUAUCUCUUUACAGGUCUCAGCACAUUUGCCUUCAUUUGUUGGAUCGUGCCCUCCAACGUCGUGGUCAACCAGCUCUUCGGGCAAACCACGGGCUUAGGAAUGUCGGUGUUGACCUUCGACUGGGCCCAGGUGGUCUACGCCAACCAGAGUCCUCUAUUGGUACCUUUCUGGGCUGGAAUGAAUGUAAUGGGAUCUUUUGCACUCUUCUUCUGGCUUGUAUGUCCCCUCGUUUAUUAUACGAACACUUGGUUCUCUGCACACCUUCCCCUCCUUAAUUCCAACACCUUCGACAACACCGGACAUAUUUACAACACCAGUCGCAUCAUGAAUCGGAGCGGCGACGUCAAUCAAGAUGCCUAUCGAGAUUACUCGCCCAUGUUUCUUCCGGCCGGUUACGCAAUCACAUUCGGUGUCGCCUUCGCCAACCUAACGGGCAUAUUUUUUCACAUAGGGCUGUACCAUGGCAAGGAUCUUUGGGAACAGUACAAAGGCAUCAGUAAAAAGGAUGUUCACAGUCGAAUCAUGUCUGAAUACCGCAACGUUCCCUGGUGGUGGUUUGCUGCAGUCACAGUCCUGAUGUUCGUUUUGAGCAUCGUCACCAACGAAGUAUGGCAUACAGGCCUACCAGCUUGGGGCGUGCUAGUGGCUUUCUUGUUGCCUAUGAUCUAUUUCAUCCCAGUGGGUAUCAUCAAAGCCCUCACAAAUAUCAGCAGCAACCAACUCAACCUGCUCACCGAGUUCAUUGGCGGGUAUGCCUUUCUUGGGCGUCCAGUGGCCAACAUGGCUUUCAAAUUCUACGGUUACGUCGCCGUUCAGCAAGGACUCGAGUUAGUAUCGCUCUUCGGGGUUUCGAAGCAUUCAGCUGACAUCGCAACUAGAUUCGUUGCUGAUAUGAAGUUGGCUCACUACAUGCACAUCGCGCCCCGACUUCUUUUCAUUGCUCAGGGCCUUGCCACACUGAUCGGCGCCAUUGUUCAGUGCGGUGUUACAGUCUUCAUGAUCACCCGAAUUCGCGGCGUAUGUAGCCCGGAAGCAGAAGGCAACUUUACCUGCCCCCAUGGAAAAGUGACAUAUUCGUCGUCUCUUAUCUGGGGUGCAAUUGGCCCAAGCAGACUAUUCACCCCUGGACAGAUCUAUAGCAAUCUACUCUGGUUCUUCCUUGUCGGCCCCGCCGCCGUCAUCACCACCUACUUGCUGGGUCGUCGGUGGAAAUGCGUCAACUACCUUUCUUGGCCGGUUGCUUUUGGUGCAAUGAGCCUCGUCCCUCCUGCUACUGGUAUCAGUUUCUCCUCUUGGUGGAUCGUGAAUUUCAUCUUUAAUGGUAUAAUUCGUCGUCGCAAACCGGCCUGGUGGUCGAAAUAUAAUUACGUUCUUUCUGCUGCGCUGGACUGUGGUGUUGCGGUUGCUACGGUCAUUAUCUUCUUUUGCAUAACACUUCCGGCCGGCUCGUUGAGCUGGUGGGGUAAUAAUGUGUCUUCUACAACAGCAGACGGCAAAGGGACGCCCUACAAGGGCCUGCCAGAGAGAGGGUACUUUGGACCUACAAAAGGUACUUGGUGUUGA